CCGUGGCUGCCGUGACAACAAGGGGAGCCGGCCCGACCGGCGCAGUGAUUCGGGCGCCUGCGUGGGAGGGGGGCGGUGCGCCCCGCCGUGACGGUAGCAGGCAGGAGCGGAGGAGGCGGGGAUGUGGCCUGCCCCCUAGCCGGCAGGGCCAGCCCUGGGCCAGGGCAGGGAUGAGCCAUGGCUUCGGUGAAGGUGGCUGUCCGAGUCCGGCCCAUGAACCGCCGGGAAAAGGACCUGGAUGCUAAAUUUAUUAUUUCAAUGGAAAAAAAUAAAACAACAAUCACAAAUAUAAAGAUACCAGAAGGAGGAACUGGAGACAUAGGAAGAGAACGGACAAAAACAUUUACCUACGACUUCUCCUAUUUCUCAGCAGAUAGUAAAAGUCCUGUCUAUGUGUCUCAAGAAGUGGUUUUCAAAAAUCUUGGCACAGAUGUCCUUGCAUCUGCUUUUGAAGGCUAUAAUGCUUGUAUUUUUGCGUAUGGACAGACUGGAUCUGGGAAGUCCUACACUAUGAUGGGAAAUGCUGGUGAUGCUGGUUUAAUACCUAGAAUUUGUGAAGGAUUAUUCAGCAGAAUAAAUGAAAAAACAAGAUGGAAUGAAGCAUCCUUUCGAACAGAAGUCAGUUAUCUGGAAAUAUAUAAUGAACGUGUGAGAGAUUUGCUUAGGCGGAAAUCAUCAAAAACUUAUAAUUUAAGAAUACGAGAGCAUCCGAAAGAAGGGCCUUACGUUGAGGAUUUGUCCAAACAUUUAGUACAAAAUUACAGCGAUGUAGAGGAACUUAUGGAAGCAGGAAACAUAAAUCGAACCACUGCUGCAACUGGAAUGAAUGACGUUAGCAGCAGGUCUCAUGCCAUUUUCACAAUCAACUUCACUCAGGCUAAAUUUGAUGCUGAAAUGCCUUGUGAGACUGUUAGCAAGAUCCAUUUGGUAGAUCUUGCUGGAAGUGAGAGAGCAGAUGCCACUGGUGCUACAGGGGUUAGAUUAAAGGAAGGAGGGAAUAUUAACAAAUCUCUAGUUACUCUGGGAAAUGUCAUUUCUGCCUUAGCUGAUUUAUCUCAGGAUGCAACAAAUCCUCUUGCAAAGAAGAAGCAAGUAUUUGUGCCUUACAGGGACUCUGUGUUGACUUGGCUUUUGAAAGAUAGCCUAGGAGGAAACUCUAAAACGAUAAUGAUUGCCACUAUUUCACCUGCUGAUGUCAAUUAUGGAGAAACCUUAAGUACGCUUCGCUAUGCAAAUAGAGCCAAAAACAUCAUCAACAAGCCUACUGUUAAUGAGGAUCCUAACGUCAAACUAAUUCGUGAGCUGAGAGCUGAAAUAGCCCGAUUAAAAACCUUGCUCGCUCAAGGGAAUCAGAUUGCACUCUUGGAUUCUCCAACAGCUUUAAGUAUGGAGGAGAAGCUUCAGCAGAAUGAAGCAAGAGUACAAGAGCUGACCAAAGAGUGGACAAACAAGUGGAAUGAAACCCAAAAUAUUCUAAAAGAACAAACCUUAGCCCUGAGGAAAGAAGGAAUUGGUGUCGUUUUAGAUUCGGAACUGCCUCACCUCAUUGGCAUUGAUGAUGAUCUUCUCAGUACUGGGAUCAUCUUGUAUCACUUGAAGGAGGGCCAAACAUAUGUUGGCAGAGAAGAUGCUGCGACAGAACAGGAUAUUGUGCUUCAUGGCCUUGAUUUGGAAAGUGAGCACUGCGUGUUUGAAAAUCUCAGCGGUACAGUGACUUUAAUACCACUGAAUGGAGCACAGUGUUCUGUGAAUGGAAUUCAGAUUACAGAGGCCACACAACUAAACCAAGGUGCCGUUAUAUUACUUGGGAGAACCAAUAUGUUUCGCUUUAAUCAUCCCAAGGAAGCUGCCAAACUGAGGGAAAAAAGAAAGAGUGGACUACUGUCUUCCUUCAGUUUAUCUAUGACAGAUCUUUCAAAAUCUUGUGAGAACCUCUCAGCUGUCAUGCUUUAUAAUCCAGGACUAGAAUUUGAGAGACAACAACGAGAGGAACUGGAAAAAUUAGAAAGUAAAAGGAAACUGAUAGAAGAAAUGGAAGAAAAACAAAAAUCUGACAAGGCAGAACUAGAAAGAAUGCAGCAAGAGGUGGAGUCACAGCGCAAGGAAACAGAAAUAGUCCAACUGGAAAUACGAAAACAGGAAGAGAGCCUGAAACGGCGAAGCGUUCACAUUGAAAGCAGGUUAAAAGACUUGCUGGCUGAAAAAGAGAAAUUUGAAGAAGAGAGACUACGAGAACAUCAGGAGAUAGAAUUUCAGAAAACGAAACAACAGGAAGAAAUUUUUGCUCGAGUUAAAGAAGAACUGCAACGGUUGCAAGAACUUAAUAAUAAUGAAAAAGUUGAGAAAAUGCAGAUUUUCAGAGAACUAGAAAAACUUAAAAAGGAAAAAGAUGAACAGUGCAUCAAGCUGGAAUUAGAAAAAAAGAGGCUUGAAGAACAAGAAAGGGAGCAGGUGAUGCAAGUGGCUCACCUAGAAGGACAGCUUCGAGAGAAACAGGUUAUGAUACAGCUACUCAAGAGAGGGGAUGUGCAAAGGGUUGAAGAAGAGAAAAGAGAACUUGAAGAAAUUAGAGAAUCUCUCUUGAGGGUCAAGGAAGCUAGAUCUGAAGGUGACGAAGACAGUGAAGAAUUAGAAAAAGCACAGCAUAAUUUCAUGGAUUUUAAAAGAAAGCAGUUAGAACAAUUGACUAUUUUGGAGAAGGACUUAUUUCAACAAAGGGAUCAUCUAGAAAAGGAAGUAGCAGAUGAACAUGAAACACUGGACCGUUUAAAAUAUGCACACACAGAACGGUUAAACCUCCUCAAGAAAGAUGAUGAAAACGUUGUGGAUGCUGCACUGAUGGUUGAAGAAUUUGACAAGAUAAAGCCAUCAGAAUACAGGCUCCAAUAUAAAGAGCGCCAGCUUCAAUACCUGAUGCAUAAUCACUUGCCAGCUUUGUUGGAAGAAAAACAGAGAGCUUCUGAAGUCCUUGAUAGAGGUCUGCUAGGGUUAGACAAGACUCUUUAUCAAGUUGAGAAAGAAAUGGAAGAAAAAGAAGAACAGCUUGCGCAAUAUAGAGUCAGCACUAACCAGCUGCAGCAGCUCCAAGAAACAUUUGAAUUUACAGCCAACGUAGUUCGUCAGGAGGAAAAAGUUCGGAAAAAAGAAAAAGAAAUUCUCGAAUCAAGGGAAAAACAGCAGAGAGAGGCACUGGAGCAAGCAGUAGCUAAGUUGGAAAGGAGACACUCUGCUCUGCAGCGUAGUUCCACAAUAGACGUUGAAAUUGAAGAGCAAAAACAAAAACUUGCAAUUCUCAACAGCAGCUGCAGUGAACAGGCAGGUCUGCAGGCUAGUCUAGAAGCUGAACAAAAAGCCCUGGAACAGGAUAGAGAAAGACUGGACCAGGAAAUUCAACAGCUGAAGCAGAAGAUAUAUGAAGGUGAUGGUGUACAAAAAGGGUAUCAUGGAACAGUAGAGGAGAGACUCUCUCUCACCAAUUCCCCUACCAGCCCUACAAAGUCACAGUCCCAUUUUAUUCCACUGGUUGAUGACAGAAUAAAUGCAUUAAUUGAAGAAGAAGUGGAAAGGCGUCUUCAGAAUAUUCACCACACAUCUGAAAAUAACAGUAUGGGCCUGUCUCAGUCUACAGAAAUUUUAAAGGAUAAUGAAAUGCUUCAUAAUGGUACUGUUCAACGCAAGUUGAAGUAUGAGCGGAUGAUCUGUCGCUCUCUGGGAGCAAAUCCAGAUGACCUAAAGGACCCAAUUAAAAUUAGCAUUCCGCGCUAUGUCCUUUGUGGGCAGGGAAAAGAUGAGCACUAUGAGUUUCAGAUAAAGAUAACAGUCCUGGAUGAGACCUGGACAGUAUUCAGGCGGUAUAGUCGUUUUCGAGAAAUGCAUAAAACGUUAAAGUUAAAAUACCCAGAGCUUGCUACUUUAGAAUUCCCUCCAAAGAAGCUAUUUGGAAAUAAGGAUGAAAGAGUGAUCGCGGAACGGCGGAGUCACUUAGAGACAGUUUUAGGGUGGAUUUCACUAGAAGGACCCAGUUCAGAGAUAAAUACUGCGUCACAUCUUUACAUGGAGGAGGCUAUUGUCCGGUUGGCCGAGGAAGGGGGAACAGUGCUUUACAGAAAUACCUCAGGAACUUUUUCUGCAUGAUGCUCAAGUCUCCAUCAUCUCCGUUACACAUCGAUAAAGUUGGCCCAACCCUGUCAAAACACACCAUCUGUGAGUUCUCACCAUUCUUCAAGAAAGGAGUGUUUGACUACAGCAGCCAUGGGACCAGCUAACUCUUGUGCCCGGGACUCUUUGCCAGUGGAGAAGAAUCCAAAGCUGUGCCUUCCAUUCUGUGGUGUCAGAAAAAUGCAAAUAAAGAAUCAAUCUCCAUGCCUGAAAAUUUCCAUCAGAAAUUUUGCCAGUUAAAAACAGAUAUGCAACAAUGCUGACCUUCAUCCUUUAGCGGUUGUCGUAUUUAGUGCCUGCAUUUUCUUGGCAUGGAAUAUACAAACAUUUGUUAGCGCUAGUUGCUCUGGUAAUGAUGUACAAAAAUUCUAAUUCUCAUGCUGUGUUGGGAUCCACUCAUUAGUGAAAGUGCUUCCUUUACAUUUGCUCAAACAAUUCAUUAUAGUACUGCAAGAUUAUCUCCUGUUUACUGUGGUUAUGUAGUCAUAAGGGGAGUUUUUCUAAUGUUCAGUUUCCACCAAGCUGUUUCUUAAGAUUAUUUCCUGUUUUCCAUUUCCCCUUAACAUAUUGUGGCAUUUGAGAUGAUACUCACGCUCCAUUGGUAUUUAUUUAUCCCAAGAAGCACAGUUUAACUAUUUGAUUGUACAGUUUUCCUUAUAAGAAUCAAAGGACCUGUGACUUGAACGUUUACAAAAUAUGUACUGCAGAGGAUUUUAAUUCAAACUCUGUAAAAGUCUUCCAUGCUUGAUUAUACAGACGCAGAAUGAAUCACUUGCCAUUAAUUAAAAGAAAGGAAACAAUAGUUA